AUGGAUUUUCGUGGUCAAGGAGUUGUGAUCUGCGAGAUACCUGGAGCCAUUCUGCAGAAGUUUUGCUUCCCAAUCAGCAACUCGUACAGAUGGGUCGCCGCCGAGUCGACUGCGGAGGGGUUGGAAGAAACUUUCAUCGCUUUUCCCCCAGCCGUCGAGGCCCGCUUUGAAGCUAGUUCACCAUCACUCCAGUUGCAAAUCCAUCCUAUCCACACAGCACCAGAGAUCGGUGAUUAUCAAGGGAAACGGCAAUCAGUUUCACCGGACUCUCUGGUGCAGCUUCGAUAA